GGAGUGGGAGCAGUGAGGUUGGACGCAAGUUUGCGUGGGAGUGUUUUCCUUCUGUCAAUAAUUAAUCACCGGAAUCAGUCUGGCAGAAUUGGAGUUUCAGCAACAGUGCGGAGGGCGGGGCCGAACACCUAACUCCAGGAGGCUUGGAGCCUCCCGGUGCAGUGGCAAGCUCGCAGCAGCCCAGAGGAGCCAAAUCAUCAGAGCUCACCUAAGCCACAGGGAGAUACACGCAAUGGGAAGAUGAAGAAACAGCAACACAGAGAGAAGUAAUCCAUACAGGAUCAUUCCUUGGAGGAGCAAGGACGAGAACCCAGACCUGGACUCUUCAAGGUCAGCCUUUCUGCAGCUUGAAGGAACCAACCAUGGAUUUCAGGAGGGUGAAGGAAUAUUUAUCCUGGCUCUACUAUCAAUACCAAAUCAUUAGUUGCUGUGCUGUCCUGGAGCCCUGGGAGCAAUCUAUGUUCAAUACCAUCUUACUAACCAUUUUUGCUAUGGUGGUGUACACCGCCUAUGUAUUUAUCCCAAUCCACAUUCGCCUGGCUUGGGAAUUCUUCUCAAAAAUAUGUGGCUAUCACAAUACAAUUCCUAAUUGAUCUUGUUUGCAUUCUGUGGAAUGGUAUUAGAUAUUUAUUUGUUGCUUACAACUUAUUGAUUGAGACAAAUACUGUGUCUUCUUUCACUAUAUGGCCUGAAAAUCACUUUUGUCUCUAUGCACUCUUGUAUCCUGCCUGGAGUUUGAGAUAGAUGUCUCUUUCGGUUCAUUGGUACAUGCUACAUUGUGCAUCAGAGUGUAGAUAACUCGAUGACUUUUUUUUUUUCUCUCAAUGUAAAUCUAUGACUUUAGUUGUUUUUUUUUUU